GAAGAGCCCUUAAAAUCCUAAAGGAUCUGUUAAGCAAAUAUCUGCCUACGAACGCCCACGAGCUAGUAUCUGGAAAGCUGCAUGUUAUCGUUACCCGUGUGCGUGACUGCAGAAGCGUGGUGAUUUCAGAGUUUGCCUCGAGGGAGGACCUCAUUCAGGCCGUGAUGUGCAGCUGCUUCAUCCCUCUGUAUUUUGGAUUUUUACCUCCUAUGUACCAUGGGGUGCGUUACAUUGAUGGGGAAAUCGGCAUGUGGCGGGCCAACUUCGUGGACCGGACCACAAUCACGGUGUCUGGUUUCGCCGGCGAAUAUGACAUCUGUCCCAAAGAUACCCCAGCUGCCUUCUUAACUUUCCAAAUCUCUGAUUGUGUUUUAUACAUAUCAAAAAGAAACAUCCUCCGCUUGCAGUAUAUUUUUCAGCUUCCCACACCUCAAGUUCUGGACCAGUUUUAUAUCCAUGGCUACCAGGACACAGUCUCCUUCUUAAAAAGGCUGAGGCCACGCCAACCACAGAAGAGCAUUUUUGACCCCGCUGCUGCCUUUGGCCCCAGUUUUAAAGAGAGAAAGAGCAGCUUGCAACCCAGCCUGCAGGCAGACACCGAAACGCAGUGA